CUCUUCUUCUCUCUCACUGUGAGUUUCAACUUUCAAAGCAAAAUCUUCCUCUCUUCUCUUUCUCUCUUUCUCUCUCUUUCCUUUUCUCUUUCUCUCACUUUGGGGUUUGAAUCGAAUGGACAGUGAUAGACCGGAAAAGGAGGAAGAAAAAGCUUUUUACUAAAACAACCACUUUGGGUAGUCUCUCAGAGCUUUCUUCCUGCUUCAGCUGUUGCUUGUUUCCAUGGCGAUCUCUUAGAGCAGAGCAUGAUGUUUCUAUGGAGGGAGGGGUUUCCUCCAUUUGGGGCUUCAAUUUGGGACUAAGUAGGAAAAAGGAUCUUAAUUCUGUCGAGCAUGUUCAAGAAAGGGGGUGACUUGAAGCCAAUAAGUAGCAGUAGUUGUCAGUAGAGCUCAUUUUCUCUCUUUGAUGGUUAUGGCUGGUUCUGUAAAAUUAGGGUUUUCUAUUAUGGUUUUUAUAUAGAUAGAGAAAGGUUUAAGGUUGAUAUUGAUAGUUAUAUUGAUAUGAAGCUUUCAACAUCAGGGUUGGGUCAGCAGGAUCAUGAAGCAGCCGGAGGAGCUGAAAAGAAGUGCUUGAAUUCGGAGCUAUGGCAUGCAUGCGCAGGGCCUCUGGUUUCCCUGCCAACGCCUGGAACUCGUGUUGUUUACUUCCCUCAGGGCCACAGUGACCAGGUUGCUGCCACUACUAACAAACAAGUUGAUGCCCACAUACCAAACUACCCGAGCUUGCCGCCCCAGUUGAUCUGUCAGCUGCACAAUGUCACAAUGCAUGCAGAUGUGGAGACAGAUGAAGUAUAUGCCCAAAUGACAUUACAGCCUUUGACGCCACAAGAGCAAAAAGAAACAUUUCUUCCAAUGGAGUUGGGAAUUCCAAGCAAGCAACCCACAAAUUACUUUUGCAAGACAUUGACGGCGAGUGAUACUAGUACACAUGGAGGCUUCUCUGUUCCUCGUCGUGCUGCCGAGAAAGUUUUUCCUCCACUGGAUUUCUCGCUACAGCCACCAGCGCAGGAACUUAUUGCCAGGGAUCUCCAUGAUGUUGAAUGGAAGUUUAGGCAUAUUUUCCGAGGCCAACCCAAACGACAUCUUCUUACCACAGGAUGGAGUGUGUUUGUUAGUGCCAAAAGACUUGUUGCAGGAGAUUCUGUUCUUUUUAUUUGGAAUGAAAAAAAUCAGCUUCUUUUGGGUAUUCGCCGUGCCACUCGACCGCAAACUGUGAUGCCGUCAUCUGUUUUGUCAAGUGAUAGCAUGCAUAUUGGACUUCUUGCUGCUGCUGCUCAUGCUGCUUCAACUAAUAGUUGUUUUACAGUUUUUUAUAAUCCAAGGGCUAGUCCAUCUGAGUUUGUCAUACCCCUAUCAAAAUACAUUAAAGCAGUAUUUCACACACGUGUUUCAGUUGGGAUGCGAUUUCGGAUGCUAUUUGAGACUGAAGAGUCAAGUGUCAGAAGGUACAUGGGUACAAUAACUGGCAUAAGUGAUCUGGAUCCUGUUCGGUGGCCAAAUUCUCAUUGGCGGUCUGUCAAGGUUGGUUGGGAUGAGUCCACUGCAGGUGAGAGGCAGCCCAGGGUAUCGUUAUGGGAGAUUGAGCCUUUGACAACUUUCCCCAUGUACCCAUCAUUGUUUCCCCUUCGACUAAAACGCCCUUGGCAUCCUGGGGCCUCAUCUAUGCAAGAUAAUAGAGAUGAAGCUAACAGCUUAAUGUGGCUACGGGGGGGAACUGGAGAGCAAGGUCUUCACUCCAUGAACUUUCAACCUGUUGGUAUGUUUCCUUGGAUGCAACAGAGAGUGGAUUCAACAUUGAUUGGAAAUGAUCACAAUCCGCAGUACCAGGCCAUGUUGGCUGCUGGUUUGCAGAAUCUAGGAAGUGGAGAUCAGCUAAGACAACAUAUGAUGCACUUUCAGCAGCCCUUUCAGUAUGUUCAGCAGCCGAGUAGCCACAAUCCGAUGUUGCAGUUGCAACAGCAAAUUCAGCAAUCAAUCCCUCAUAAUAUUCUGCAGGCACAAUCACAAGUUUCACUGGAGAAUCUGCCUCAGCACCUUCUACAGCAACAAUUUAACAAUCAAACAGAGGAGCAGGUGCAGCAACAGCAAAACACCUAUCAUGAUGCACUCAAGGUUCAAACUGAACAGCUCCAACAGAGUCAACAAAUGAAUGUGCCAUCUUCAUCAUUUCCUAAAACAGACUUCAGUGAUUCAAACACAAAGUUCUCAGCAUCUACUACCCCUAGACAGAACAUGCUUGGUACACUUUGUCCUGAAGGGAGUGGAAAUCUUUUAAGCUCAUCCAGGGCUGGUCAUUCUAUGCCAACUGAGCAGUUACCUCAACAAUCUUGGGCUCCAAAGUAUGCACAUGCACAGGUCAAUGCUUUUGCCAACUCAAUGUCAUUUCCACCAUUUAAUGAGAAAGACAAUGCAGUUGAGCAAGAGAAUUGUAAUUCAGAUUCCCAGAAUCCUACUCUCUUUGGUGUUAAUAUUGAAUCAUCUGGACUUCUGUUCCCCACCACAGCGCCCAGUUUUGCCACUUCUUCAAAUGAUGCUGACAUGUCAAUGCCAUUAGGAGACUCUGGAUUUCAGAGCUCUCUGUAUGGUUGCAUGCAAGACUCGUCUGAGUUGUUGCACAGUGCAGGGCAAGUUGACCCACCAACCCCAAAUUGUACAUUUGUCAAGGUUUACAAGUCAGGUUCGGUUGGCCGCUCACUGGACAUAUCCCGGUUCAGCAGUUACCAUGAGCUGCGAGAAGAGCUGGGGCAGAUGUUCGGAAUUGAGGGGAAGUUGGAAGACCGUCUUAGAUCAGGCUGGCAGCUUGUAUUCGUUGACAGGGAGAAUGAUGUGCUUCUCCUUGGUGACGACCCAUGGGAGUCAUUUGUGAACAAUGUUUGGUAUAUCAAGAUACUUUCGCCUGAGGAUGUACACAAAAUGGGGGACCAAGCAGUUGAACCCUUUAGCCCGAAUACGGGUCAAAGGUUGAACAGCGGCGGCGGCGAAGCUCAAGACAUUGUUUCCGGGCUCCCAUCUCUUGGCUCACUUGAAUAUUGAACUUAGCUAACUGUAUGAAACACUUCCACGAGUUGGUUCUAGUCCUCUUACAAAGGGAGAAACUUCCAGUUGAAUGUAUAUGCUCAAUCUGGUGCUCUCUCCCUCUUUCAGCGUGCAUUUCCAUCAGUAUUAUAUGACUUAUGUUUUCAGAGACUGUUUAGCUCUGAUGAAUAUGAUACGUGGUUAAAUUAUGUUUGAAGUUUGGAACUCAGAAGAGAUAAUCAUUAAACGUUGAAGAUUUCUAGCAUUGUAUCUUUUUUUUUCUUUGGUUCCAGCAAGGAAUUUAGCGUCAAGAAAUUAAUGGAUUGUGAAGUGCAGCUUUGUGGAUGUGGCA